AUGGACUCAACUGAUAUAUUUGACAAUGUAAACCAAUUUGAUACGUCAUCACUGAAUAAUAUUUUUCACCAUCAACGAACAUUUACCCAGGGGUCAAAGAUCUCAUUCAUAGUCAUUGGAGCAGGACUCAUAGGCCCAAGACAUGCAGAACAUGUAUUUCAGAGAUCAGAUUGUAAAUUAAUGGCAAUAGUUGAUCACUCAGCCAAGGGACCAAAAGUUGCUGCAAAAUUUAAUUGUUUAAUAUUUGCUGAUUUGCAGCAAUUAUUUAUUCAUUGUGAAACUUAUAAUAUCCCAUUCCCUGAUGCAGCAAUAGUAGCUACACCAAAUCAUACCCAUUUGGAUAUGGCAAUGGAAUUGGCAACUAGGGGUAUUCAUAUUCUUAUGGAGAAACCACUCGCAUCUAACGCAACUGAUUGCAAAACAUUAAUGAAUUAUUGUGAACAUAAACAAGUAAAAUUAUUGGUUGGACAUCAUCGCAGAUUUAAUCCUUAUGUUAUAACCACCAAAGAAAACAUCCCCAAGGUAGGCAAAUUAGUUGCUGUUCAAGGUACAUGGACCAUGUGUAAACCACCUUCAUAUUUUAUGGAAAAACCUUGGCGCUCGACUAUUGCCAAAGGUGGAGGAACUUUAUUAAUCAAUUUGAUUCAUGACUUGGAUUUAUUACAAUACCUCUUAGGUCCAAUUGAGAAAGUAUAUGCUGAACUUUUACCAAAACAGAGAACAGAUAGAUUUGGAGAAAUGGAAGUUGAUGAUUGUGAUCUUGUUGAUGAAGGUGCUGCACUCACUUUGAGAUUUGCAAAUGGAUGCUGUGGGACUUUCGUGUGUUCAGAUAAUGUCACUUCUCCAUUUUCAUUUGAAUCAGGUACUGGAGAGAAUCCUACAAUCCCAUUCAAUAAAAAUGUUGCUGGGUUUUAUCGUAUUUUUGGCUCUCACGGAACAAUCAGUGUUCCUGAUUUGAAGUUAUAUCAUCAGAAUGACGCUUUAGAUUUGAUUAAUCAACACGCUUUUAACAAUAGUAUGACUAGUAACCGCGAUGAUUCCCGGACAUGGUUAAACCCAAUUCAAUGUGAACAGUUACAAAUGAAUCAUGAAAAACCAGUUCCUGCAGUGGCUCCUAUCCUGACCAAUGGUAUGAUCACUCCAAGCCCCUCUCCAGAUUAUAAGGUAUCUCCAAUCCAUAAUAUUGGGAUGGGCAAGAAGCCAAAGCCAUUCGAUUUACAACUAGACCACUUUGUUAACUUAAUUACCGGUAGCGAGACGGUUAUUAAAUGUACUGGGGAAGAUGCUUUAAGAGCAUUGCUUUGUAUCGAGGCAGUCAUCAAAUCGAUUGAAACAGGGUUACCUCAAUAUGUAGACUCCGUGGAAUCAAUUCAACCAGACUAUGAACUAUUAAAUCGAUAUAUGUAUAACAUCUGA